CGUGAAAUUGAUAGUAACUGAAAGGUUGAUAUGCACAUUAACUGGAAACAUCCAUUGUUAUUGACCCUUUUAAUUGGAGUACCAGCCUCACACCUCAGCAUUUCAGGGUACAGGUAUUUCACCAAUAAAAGUGAAACGGAGACCGAGGAAAAAAAUAGAAAGUUAGAACAGAUAUACCAGGAAAAAAUAAAGGAACAGAAAGAGAGAGAUAAAUAACUAAUCAAAGAGCUAGAAAGCAGUGCAAUUACCCAGACAAAAAAAUGCCCAAAGCUCCCAAGACUAAGUUUGGAAAGGACAAAGCUGAAAAAGUGGUUCAUCCUAACAGUAGAAAAGCUGCAUUUUUGUCCCGGCAAGCCAACCGUGACGAAAGGUUACGGACUUCUAAGCAGGCAUCAUCCAUUAAAUUGGAGGUUCUGGCAGAAAAAUUACUUUGGUUCAAAGAAAGGCUAGACCCAGAAAAAAAGGUGUUUACAAGAUCAGAUAUGCAACCUCUUGUUAAUGAAUACCUUCAGCGUUUUGAUGCUGAAUUGGAGCAGAUAGAUAUUAUGAGGAAUGUAGGAAAAAGACAGGGGAAUCCCCACAGUGCCCGAGAGAAUGCCAUAAAGGUGACCACUGAACGAGAGAGGAGGCAAAUUGACGAGGGCUCUUUUGAAGUUCCACACAUAUUUAAUGCCAAAAAUUUAGCUCUCUUCAGGGCUUGGAAUGGAGAAAUUAAAUAUGUCAAAAAUAUCAAAUUGAGUAAAAUAUGUUCCAAGGACUUAGAGAGAGAAAAUACUGAGAACAAUACACAGAAGAAUGAAGAAAUGGAAGAGGAGAAUGAUACUACAGAGGAAAUCUCAUAAAGGGAGAAUGUGGGACUUCAAAAUAAUUUUAAAAAUCUUAUUUUGUUAAUGUUUUGUAACUGUGUUGCAAUGUUGCCAGUUUUUACAA